AUGGCCACAGCAGUUGGUACGCGGACAGCACCGGCGCUCCUCACUCGUUCCUUUACCAUCACUCCUUCUCAUAUGAACCACCACCUGCACCGAAAUAUCCGCCGAAGUCUCGAUCCUUACAAGUUCCCGGUCAGAGCCGUGCACUCCACGCCCCGACGUGUUUCCGCCCAUGCCUCGAAUGCGCCGUCUAAUUCUGCGAUUCCUCACAUAUCGCUACAUAUUGCGGCUUCCUCGAGCGGGAAAGGGCGAAAGUACCGCCCCGAACUAAGCACAUAUGAGUACAUUCCCAGCAACGAGGAUGGGCUGGGUCUGCAACGGGGAUCGACGCUCGACGAGAAGAGAGCACGACGUCCGGAUAGCGGCCAGGACGCAUAUUUCGUUGCGCGCGUGGGGUUUGACUCUGAGACCACCGCGUUUGCAAUCGCGGACGGCGUGGGCGGGUGGAGCGAGCAUGGCAUUGACCCGGCGGACUUCUCGCACGGCCUGUGCAGCUACAUGGCGGAGACGGCACUUUCAUGGUCGGGGGAUGAACGCCUUGGUCCGAAACAGCUGCUUGAGAUAGGCUAUGAGAAGACAAUCCGCGACCCGGCGAUCAAGGCUGGCGGAACCACUGCAUGCGUCGCAGUGACAGAUGGCAACGGCCGCAUGCGAAUCGCCAAUCUAGGUGACUCGGGCUUCCUGCAACUCCGCCUAGGCACCGUUCACCACUAUUCCAACCCGCAAACGCACGCCUUCAACACCCCGUAUCAGAUGUCCCUCACGCCGCCGGAGAUUCUCGCCCAAGCGAUGGUCUUUGGCGGGUUACCUCUGAACGACAAGCCUGACCGCGCCGACCUGGCCGACCACAUGCUCCGACACGGCGAUGUGCUUGUUCUGGCGACGGACGGCGUCUGGGAUAAUCUGAACUCCCAGGACAUUUUGUCCAUCGUAUCGCACCAUAUGCGCGCGACUGGCGCGUGGCUCAGAUCCGAAGAUCAAGGCUAUGUGAUCUCGCCUGUCCUUGCUGAACUCGUCGACCUGGAUUUGGCGCCUCAGAAACACAAAUUGAGCAUAUCCGACUCGGUGGACGUCACGACGCAGCGGCCCCCCCUUGCCACCGGAUCCUUGCAAAGUGUCCUGGCGGCAGCUAUUGUCGGAGAAGCAAAAGCCGCCAGCUUGUCCAGCAAAAGAGACGGCCCCUUUGCCAAGGAGAUGCAGAAGCAGUUCCCCUAUGAUCCGUGGCAUGGUGGGAAAGUGGACGACAUUUCCGUGCUGGUCAUCGUCGCUGUUGAUCAGAACAAGUCCAAGCCAGAGACCAAGCCACUGAAGGCGAAGUUGUGA